ACACCAUGUUUGAGGGAAAUCUCGCCGAAAAAGGCGAAAUAGCAAUUCCGGAUAUUGAGCAAGAGGUGUUCACAAUGUUUUUGAGGUAUCUGUAUACAGACACCAUAGAACUGACCGUCAACACCGCAACCUCUGUCCUGUCAGCUGCGAGGAAAUACAUGGUGGAUCGUCUUGUCAAAGAGUGUGAAACCUUCCUGAAGAGUUCUCUUACUACCGAUAAUGUAUGCCUACUACUGGAACAGGCCCAUAUUUAUACGGAGGAAAGCAUUAGGGAGGACUGUGUUAAUAUGAUCGCAAGAUCACCAGAAGAAGUACUGAAGUCUACCAGUUUCGUUGACCUGUGUGGCGUCUGUGUGAAGAGUAUCGCAGAGUCGGUCGAUUUAGCAGUGGAGGAGAGCGUGGUGUACGAGGCGGUGAUUCGGUGGUCUGAGGCGGAGUGUGGACGUCAAGGUCUGGAGUUAACGGAUACAAACAGACGGAAUGUACUGGGAGACAUCCUGUAUACUGUCAGGUUCCCUAUCAUGGACACGAAGUAUUUGUUACAGCAUGUCAUUACGAGAGAUGUCCUGACGACAGAACAUUUAGUGAGCGUCAUGAGAUUCAGCAGGACAACAAAGCAUAUCCGUGUACAGAAUUCAGCGUGAACCAACGAAACGUUAGAGAAUCAGUAAAAGG